AUGGGGAAGGAAUCACAGUCAACCUCCCACGAUCAACCCCUUCAUCAUGUUGGUUCAAUGACAGCACUAAAGAUGUUGGGCAAAAAAAUACUAAGCUCAAAGAAUCACGAUUCAGCACAUCAUGGGAAUAACUUGGAAGCAGGCCACCCCGUGCAAGGAAUGAGGAAAAUUCGAGGUCACGGUACUCACCAUAAUUCUACUUCCAGGCCCAAAAGUACUUCUCCCAAUAAUCGGAAAAGGUCGUCGUCUCUGUUCCAGAAGAAUAUGUCUAGUGCUAACGUGCCUGCUUUAACAUCGGCAAGGUCUUCUGCAUCGAUACACAAUAUGGUAGCUCACAACAACAAUCCGUUCGCUCCUCAACAAGGAAUGGAUAUGAUCAGUUCAGGUAAGGGUGUCGCUGCAGCAAGGAAAAAUGGCAGCGGUCCCACGAAUCAUUCCAUCAGUAAAAAACCAUCGGGAAAUUUUGCCAAUAAUCACCAUUUUCUAAACAAUGAGAACAUUAUUUAUAAUCCUUAUGGUAUAAAUGGUAACGUUGUACCCUCAAGAUCUGGUAGUGCAUAUGCUGGGAAUAAUGCUAACGCCAAUGGCGAUAUCAGUUUUUACAUGCAUGACGGAAAUUCAAAAAUUCGCCUUUUACCACUACCAAUUGCGGAUCCAAAUGAUUACUUGCCGGACGACAUCAAGCAAGCGAGUAUACAUAUGACAGAUAAUUUUGUUUUUGACAGUGAUAAUCUUACGUUGGGCACUGGUGGGUCAAGUGAAGUUAGAAAAAUUAGAAGUGCUUAUAGACAAAAGGACGUUUAUGCAUUGAAAAAACUCAAUAUGAUUUACGAUGAAAAUGCAGAGAAAUUCUAUAAGAGAUGCUCAAAGGAAUUUAUCAUUGCCAAACGCUUGAGCCAUCACAUCAACGUUUGUAACACGUAUUAUUUGGUUAAGGUUCCAACAACUACGUAUACCACGAGAGGGUGGGGCUUCGUGAUGGAAAUUUGUGUAAAAGAUUUGUUUCAAUUGAUGGAAAGAUCAGGAUGGAAAUCUGUUCCUUUAGAUGAGAAAUUUUGCAUUUUCAAGCAGAUUGCCGAAGCGAUUAAAUUCUGUCAUGAAGAGGGUGUCGCACAUAGGGAUUUGAAACCGGAGAAUGUCCUGAUCUCGAAAGAUGGUAUAUGCAAAUUGACCGAUUUUGGUAUAUCGGACUGGUACCACAUAGAGCCACAAAAUUUCAACAGUCCCGUGAAACGAUGUGAAGGUAUGAUUGGAUCACCACCAUACACACCACCAGAGGUGAUGCUUUUUGAUGCUAAGAAAAAUUAUCCGGAGAGUAUUCAAAAGCCGUACAAUCCCUUAAAGAUGGAUAGUUAUGCAUUGGGAUUAAUCCUGAUAGCAUUGGUGAAUAAUAUUUUACCGUUUUUUGAGUCAUGCAAUACAGAUCCCAGAUAUAGAGAUUUCGAAAUAUCGUACGAAAAUUUCAUAAAUCAUCAAUGUCCUCACUUCAGAGACAAAAAUUACCAUAAAGGUGGGCCAGGAUCGGAAUAUAGUUUGGCUAGAAAUUUCAAAAGUACUGAAGCAUCUCGUGUUGCAUGGAGGCUUUCGGAUCCAAAUCCAGAUACCCGCUAUUCUAUUGAAGAGCUUUAUAAUGAUCCCUGGUUUCAGUCAAUAGAAGUAUGCGUGAAUAAUGAUGACGACCAUGCUAUUAAAGCACCAGAGAUUAGGAAAAGCUCAUCAGAUAUAGCAAUGAACUCAAACGUGAAUUCCAAUUCGAAUUCCAAUUCAGAUUUUUUUCAUAGUGAUCAGGAUUCAGGUUCUAGAGAACGGCUGGAGUCUCCACAACAUACAUCAAAUCCAUUCUUGACUGCGAAGAUAAAGCCUAAACCAAAGCCUAGGUCGAUGGUUGAUAUUGCACAAUCACCAAUCAAUAAGAGCGAGGUUGCUUCAAAAGUACCAUCCAAGGUCGUUGAAGAUGAAGAAGAUGAAGGAGCUGGAGUCGAAGGAACAGAAGACAAGGAAGAAACAAAGGAAGAGGAUGCAAAACGGGAAGGGGCAACGGACGAGGAACAAAAAGAAAGUGUUAGAGCAGAAGAAGCCAAAGAAUCUGCUGUUGCCCCAGAUAAAAAAGCACCAGACACGAAAGAACCACAAGAAACAGAUAAUAGAAACGUCUUAGCUGCUUUUCCAGGUAUUAACAAAACGGAAAGUGGACAUGAAUCGAAAUUUGAGGCCAAAGGAACCUCUGAAAGUGCCGGUUUAAGCACGCCAACGAGAAAAAUGAGCGAGCUUUCUCUAGUAUCUCCCACUCCACUGCAAUUACAGAAUGUCAAGGGUCGCACAUCUGCGGGCUCCAUGAAAAGUCUAAACGGUAUUAGCAGUGCCAGGAAGAAGAAGAAGCAUCCAAUCCACAGCCAUCUCGACAUACCGGGUAGUGUGACAUCUUCCAGCGGUACGGCAACGUAUAGAGAUCGUACUAAGUAA